UUCCACAGCUGCACAGGCGGGCAGGCAGCCUGUGAUGGGGCCCUGCUCAGAAGACCCCCAUCUCUGCUGGGCCUCCCGGCUCCUGGGAUUCACCAGCCUACUCCUCAGCGUCUGCUGCACUGGGGUCAAGAGUUCUGGGACACAUGGCUCUGGAGUUCAGGAUUCUGGAGCCCAUGUUCCUCUGCACAGGGUCCGAGGAGGUUCUGUAUUGUUUCAUGUGAUCAGGAAGCAAGAAGCUAACCUGGAGGAGGUCACAUGGGGCUUUGGCCCUGACUCAAACUACAGAGUCCUGUUGCGAGUCUGUGCUGGGACGGACGCUCUGACUUGGGUCAGCCUCCAGGACAAGUACCAACAGAGGGUCCAUGUGCCCAGCAUCUUGUCCCUGAAGAUUGAGAACCUGACCUCUGAGGACAGUGGACUGUACCGGGCUCGAGCUAGCUUCACUGGAGGAAUAGAACUUAACCAAGUUUUCCCCCUCACUGUCUAUGAGCCGGUGCCCCUUCCCCAGAUCCUGUUCAAGUUACCGUCCAUCACACCAGGCUGGUGCAAUGUCACCCUGGAGUGCAGAGCCUCAGGGGCCACAGAGGAUCUGAAGGUGACCUGGCAGAGCAAGGGCCUCCCCAGGGAGCUGGAACAGAGCAUGACACUGGGACCAGCCCCCAACUCCUGGACCCUGCCUGUGAACCUGCCCCUGAGGCAGCGCAGUGCCAGCUUCACCUGUGUGGUCAGCAACCAGGUGGACCAGAAAACUGCCACCGUAGACCUUGGGGAAUUCUGUGUCCAUGAUUCACAAGGACAGGUCAGUGCUGACUCCCUGCCAGGCAUCCUAGGGGCUGUCGUGGCUGUGCUGUUGAUCCUUGGAGGAGGACUGUACCUUUGGAAGACACGUGAGAAGAAGAAGAAAAUGGAGACUGGAAGAGGUACAGAAUUGCAGGAGGACCACAGGGACAAUGAUAGUGGCAUCCAGUAUGCAGAGCUGAGCCAGCAGGAGUCUCGAAAGGGCACACACAAGGGUAUUGGUGAACAACAUUUAGAAGAAAAGGAGCCUGUUAAUACUGUCUACAGUGAGGUCCAUAAGCCAGAAAGUGAAGCCCUGAAGAUAAUUUAAUUGGAGGAGGUAGGAGAACUGGAACUCCUAGGACACCUCCACUCGGAGCUUGAUCCCUGCAGACACCUGUGUCUCUCAGCUCUGGUCCAGCUCCAACUGCCCUGGUCUGCGUUACUCUGACCCUCCUGCCCUCAACUCGCUGGGCACACAUGGCCUUGUCAUAUCUCUGUCACCUCUCCAAGCUGCCUUCCCACUCAGGAUCCUCACCCUGCAGGAUGAGUGCUCUUUUUCCAUCAUUGACUCAGCUUCUGACCACUCUCCUCCUCAAGCUCCCCAAAGACAACCUUCCUGCACCUGAUAAUCCCCACAGCCUCUGCUGUGUGGCUGGUGUGUGUCUUUCUGAGAACACAGACCAGGAGUGGGGACGGUGUAGAAGAUAUUGAACGCCGCAGAGGAGGGGGUUAGGACCUUGAUGCUGGAAGCUGAGUUGGGGGUCCGUGGAGGCAACAUGGGUAGGUGGGAUCCCACAAAGGGCUGGCCUGAGGCUUUCUUUGCACCCUGUAUAGGGCAAAAGGUUUGUAUCAAGCGGUGUGUUUGUGUGUGUGUCUGUGUGUAUGUUGGGGGAGUAUCCAGUGUAUAUUAUACAUUGGGCCACAGCCCUUUUCCCUGACCACUAGUACUAACCUCAUCUUCAGCUCGUAGACCUCAAAUCCACCUCUUGUGGAGUGGGAAAAGGAAUUUGUACUGUUUCUGGGCCUUCCAAGACUUCUGUUUCUCAGAGAGGGACCCAAGUCGGGACUUGUGUUCUUAGGAAAGCAGCCUCAGCCCUUCCUUGUCUGGGGCAGGGGUACUUGGUCAUUAGAAUGGAAGUGCAGUACGCUGCUCCUACCUCCCCUUGAUGAGGCUGCUAUGAGGGGUGAGGGGUGAGGCUUGUAGGAAGGUCUGAGCCAACCCUCUCCUUCCUCUUCUACUGCCCCUCAGUGCCCCACAGCCCUGCUGGCCUCAGAUCCUAGGUCAGCCUCCUCUUUGCUGACUCACAACCCUCUGCCUGAAAUGAUGGCUCCCUUUCCCUAUCCCUUCCUCCCAUCCCUGCCUGUUGGAAUCCUACCAUUCCAACCCAAAACCCCCUUCCAAGUCACGUGUUCUACAUGUUCCCAUAGGUUUGAAAAUAGUCUCUCCCACAUCUGUCCUUUUCAAACAACUUGGACAUAAUCAAGGCCCCUGCCACAGGUUUGCUUUGGGUUGGUCAUGAGUCUUCCCUGCUAGCCUCACCUGGGGCUCCCUCAGGAGAGCGCUGGGGCUUUAGGAGGCCAGUGCCAAGGAGACAAGCACCUCUCUCUGUGAAGGGUCUGAGCUACUCUUACUCCCAACUUCCACGGAGACUCAGCAGACAAGACCCAGAGCACAGAGGCUGCUGAAGGUCUUUCUGGUAGUGACUCCUCAAGGAAGCAGAGAGGACAUGAUGAACUCCAAUGACACUGCCCGGUUUCCCCAACCCACAUCCAGCUUCACGUUGCCUGAGGACCUAAUGGAGCCUGCACUGUAUUGUGUGGAAGCUUCUCCUCUCCCUGGGGGUCCUCACCUCCUCAAAGCCGCUGCCUUCUGCCUUGAGUCCCAGCUCUUGAAUCGGCGAUGGACUCACUCUGAUACUAUGAUCUGUGGUCCUUUGUCUGCUGGCCUAGAUUCCUGGGUCUCUUGGUUCCCCUCCCAGCUCAGCAACCUCAGCUGCUUCACUUCUGACCUCAGAAAGCCAAGUUCUGAGCUAAAGGCUUGAGCGUUAUGCUAGGAUCCUGCUAGAUGGUGCAUGAAUAAGAGAGGAGCAGAGUUUCCAUAAUAAGGCUCUUUCUAACCUCUUUCUGCUCAGGCUGAACAGAAGGCUGAGAAGGAAAAAGAUGACAUCUCUCACUGGCAUCCCAGGUGACCGGUCAUGGCUGGGUAUCAGUGCCCAUCAGUCCAGAAGCAGUGUAAGAUGUGACCACCCAUUGACCCCUCCCCCCCCAAAGCAGACGAGAAAAAAAAUGAAAGAGGAAGGGAACUUGACUUUCCAAGCCUAUCGUGAACCAGGUUUUGUCCCAGGCAUUUUAUAAAUAUCAUUUCUUCUUAUUCUUACAAGAACUCUCUAGGGUAGGUAUUACUAUCCCCAUUUUGCAGGACAAGUAACCAAUGUUCCAAAAUAGUUGGUGGCAGAGCAAAGCCUUAAAUCCAACACUGGACAAUUCCAGCAUUCAUAGCUUAUCCUUUGCCACAUGGUCACUGAAGACAUUGUAAUCCUGAAGUAUUCAGAGGAGAAUAUCCUCCAUUUGUUCCUCUUCCAAGGAUCCUGGUCUUCUGACUCAGGUGCCCCAACUUGGAAUGAGUUCAUCCUGAUGAUGGAUGGAGCAGUUGGUGGUUGAAAGAGGAAUUGUCCCUUAAGUGGACAGUGGGGUAGGAGAUGUGGGUGGGAGACAUGGAAUGAGAGACCCUGCCCUCUGGCUCAGAUGAGACAUUCAAAGCAGAGAUGCUUCUUCCUCUUGGGUCUUGUGGGAGUUACUUCCUCUCAUUCAAUGUGUAUUGUGGAUUUCAACAUCCCUAUUCUCAAGCCAACUUCCUUUUCCAUUAUUAUUCAUAACUUCAUUCAACAAUUACGUGAGGCAGAAAUCCUCAAUGUACAAAUGGAAAAUUAAAAUCCAGAGAUGUUAAGUACCCUACAGAAGUUCUCCCAAGUGUAAGUGAUGUAGGCAUAUCAGGGGAUAAUAAUUUCACACACUGUGACUCCUUUCUCUCUGUCAUCCCAGACAUCCAACCAGUUACCAUCUUCCAUUGGGUUAUUCUUCAUAAAGUUUCUUGUACUCCAUUCUCCUCUAAUUCUUUCAUUCCCAUCUUACACCUGCAGCUGCACCAUUUUUACAUCUCCACCAGCAAUGUAUGAGAAUUUCUCCACAUCAUUUCCAACUCUUAUUUUUUUAUUGUAGCCAUCCUAGUGCUGGUGAAGUGGUAUCUCAUUGUGGUUAUGAAUUGCAUGUCUCAAAUGAUCCAUGUUGAACAUGUUUUCAUGAGCAUAUUGACCAUGUGUAUACUUUAUUUGAAGAAAUUUCUUUCUCUCUCGAAUUGUCUCUUGUCAUCCAUUGCCCCUACCUCUCCGUUGAGUCUACUUUUGUCCAGUCACCAGGGAACUUCAUGUUGUUAAAUCCAGUGGUCAAUUCUCAAUCCUCAUUUCCCAUAACUUCUCAGCUGCAAUGGACCUAUAUUUUCUGGAAACACUGUUUUCACUUUGCAUUCACUAUUCACAUUAUUUUCCUUCUAAUGGGUGCUUGCUCCUUAGUUUCCUUUAUCAGUAUCUUUCCGAUAUCUCCAACUUCUAAAUUUUGGAAUAACCCAGGGUUCAUACCCAGACCACCCAGACUAUGUCUCCUCACUGUCUACACUCAUUUCUUUUUGAUGUUAUGGCCAUGCAGUAAUCCCAUGACUACAUGACCUUAUGUGGCAAAAGGGACUUAAAGAUAUGAUCCCUCCCCUGGACCCCACAUUGUAAAUAUCCAACUGUUUACUUGACAUCUCCACUUGCGUGUAUAACAAGCAUCUCCAUCUUGACAUGUCUAAAUUCAAACUCCCCAAACACGCUUCCUAUACAAUUUCUGAUCCCUCCAAAUGUCACCUCAAUCUUUCCAUUUUUUCUGGCCACAAAACCUUGGUGUCAUCCUUGACUUCAUUCUUUUUCUCACACCCCACCCUCUAUCUCUAUUAGAAAAUACUGAUAUCUUUUCAUUCUAUAUAUAUUCAAAUAUUUAUUUUCAUAUACCUAUAUGAAAAAAUUAUAUUUAUAAUAAAACACCUCUCACCACCUCCCUAGUCCAGUAGGGUCAUCAUUUCUCACCUGGAAUACUGCAGUAGCCUCUGAGUCUCCUACUUUUGUCUUUAAUCCUUUAAUGUCUAUUUUCAUAAUAUCACCCAGAUUUAUCUUUUCAGAACCUAAGUUGCAUCACAUUACUCGUUAGCUCAGAACUACCCCAUGGACCCACUUUAUCUGGAAGGCCCUGUAUCAGCUGACCUCAUCUCCCAUGCUCCCCUCCUUCCUAAUCCACUCUAGGACACUGGGCUCCUUGCCAUUCCUUCAAUACUACAUGCAUGCUCCUUCCACAAGGCCUUUGCUCUCUAGAAUUCUCUCCCUCUAGGUAUCCACAUGUCUCAUCUCCUCACCUCCUUCAGGUCUCUGUACAGAUGUUAACUCUUCAGUAAGACCUACCCUGACCUCCCUAUAUAAAACUGCAAACCCUUCCUGGUGCUCUCCUCCCUCCUCCACGGUCUAUUUUUCUCCAUAGAACUUUCACAAGGCUGUGUGACAGGGUACAUUUAUUCUGGGAUGUAGUUUAAAGACAGGUGGGUAUUGAGGCCUCAAAGUAUAAACUGCAGUCCUAUUAUGCAAAUACCAUUAUUAUUCCCAGGAAACUGCAACACUGAUAAAUUAAUGAACUUACUCAAGGUCACAUAACUAUAGGUGGCAGAGCUGGAAUUGAAAUCUUGGAGUUGGAUUCUAAAGCUCUUGACCACUGUAUACCAGUUAAAUAAAGUAUACUCUCUCCACAUGAGGGAAUACUAUUUAUGUAAUAAGGAGAAUAAGUUACAAAUUACAUCUUUAUAUAUUUGAAUGGAAAGUUGCCCAUGAAAUAUUAAAUGAGUUAUGGAACAUGCAUAGUGUUAUCCUAUAUUGUAAAUAUAUAUAAAUAUGUUUAUGUGGGCAUAAAAUAGUCUAAAAGCUAGUAGGUUAAGAAGUUAACAGUGGUUAUCUUCUGCAGUCUGUCUCUUUUUCUGUAUCAUCAGCUUCUUUAUAACACUAAUCAAAAAAAUUACCUAUUAAAAAUUUUUAGCAGGACAGUUACAUGAUCAGAGCUGUGCUUCAGAUAGAUAAAGCCACAUAUACACCAACAGGAUGUUUAUCAUCUAAACCAGUUAACGUACUUAUGCUUAUUUUCACUUUCUUUUGUUUUGAUUGAUGCCUUCAGGAUCUUUAUUGAAAUAACCCCAAAUAUGUCUAGAUCUGUCUAUAUAGUACAGGCAAAGUGGUCUGAUUGAUCCAAAUGGACACUCCCCGUGAACAGCUUACAAUCUGGGCUGUUCAUUAGAUCAACUGGAGAGCUUUCAGGAACAGAUACUUGGACUCUAUCCUGAAACUGGGCACCAUCUAUAUUUUUUAAAAACUCAAUUGUUGAUUCUGAUUCAUGAUCAGGCUUGAGAACUGAAACCUUGGGCCCACAUGAACUCUUCAUAAAAUUCAAAUGGGAAUGUACAUGGCAAAGAAAGUCUGUGAGUUUGUCUUCCAAGAUGUUUCUCAGUGUGUGCUAGUAUGUAGGCCACUAAAUGUUGGUUGAGUGAAGGAAUGAGUGAUUGACAAAGCCCUACAGUUUGGCAUUACAGUUGACUCUUGAACAACGUAGGGGGCUCCCACCCCCUGAGCAGUCAAAAAGUCACAUAUAACUUUACAAUCAACCCCCUGUAUUCAUAGUUCCACAUCCACGGGUUCAAGCAUCCAUGGAUCAUGCAGUACUGUUGUACACGUUUAUUGAAGAAAAUCAGCAUAUAUGUGGACCUGCGCAGUUCAAACUCAUCUGGUUCAAGGGUCAACUGUACUUUGAUGUGUUCACCAUGUGUUCAGAGUCUGACAUGUAGAUUCUUAGCCAAAACCCAGAAUCUCCAUUUCAUCCAUUGCCCUUUUGCCUUGGGGAUGCAAAAUCUUGAUAAUAAAUGUUAAAAGACACUGGUAAACAAAACCGGAAUGCUUAUUUAUUAAUUUACAAUGAGAAGUAUACUUGCUAACUGGGCUAGAUAUCCCUGUUAGCUUGACCAGGGCAUCCUCUUCCCAAAGACAGGCCACAUUGGAAGCCGAGUUACCACUGGACUACGUGGGGAGCUCUGAGUCCGGGCAGGUAAGCAGUUGCUGCCAGCGUGGAUCCCAGUGGCCUUCUCAUCUGAGCUCUCCAUCUCCAUGGUAGGACUUACCUGCCCAGGGCAUGGGAUUCUCCUGCCAGCCUGAUGGAGCACUUCAUUUGCCUCUGUCACUCAUCUCUCUUUAUGCCCCAUUUCUUAUUAACCAUCCUUCUGAUUGACAUUCUUUCUUUGGUCACGUGCAUAUGUGAGAUUAAGACUUGCCUUGAUCUCAACUGGAAUUACUAUAUCUCUCCUGUGAUCCAGAUAUAUAGUGUUUUAUUUAAUCCCCAAAAGUAAAAAAAAAAAAAAUCCCUCCAAAACAUCUACCCUUAUUUCUCUCAUUUCCAAAUUGUAGUAGAGGAUGUGGAGGGUGAAGACACUC